CGUUGGACAGGCUGUCCUCCGCUCUCACAGACUGGGAGGAAGUGUUAUGACUUGCUGCCGUAGUUCUUUGUGAGGCAGACAGGAAUGCUGGUGUUUCAGAUUAUAGUCUUGAAGGGUGUGGAGCGAGCACUGUCUGUACCGCUGCCGUACUGUUCUCAGACCAGCUCAAAUCUCUCUUCUUCUCUACAUCCCACACGUCUCCAGCCGGUCUAACACUCUGCAGUAGUUUUCAGCAGAAAGGACUGGACACUGAAUCUCUUGUGAGUUGUGCUGCUGCGCUGGACUCCAUUCACAAGAAGGACACACAUUAUUUGACUGAAAGAUCUUCAGGUUGUUCGUGGGGGAAAUGGCAGCAAAGAUAUCCAAAGAAGAGCUGGAGGAGUUACGGGAAGCCUUCGAGAAAGUGGAUCUGAAUGGCAACGGUUUUAUCUGCGACUAUGAGCUGCACGAUCUGUUCAAAGAGGCCAAUCAGCCUUUACCGGGAUAUAAAGUGAGAGAGAUCAUCCAGAAACUCAUGGAGGAUGGAGACAAAGACAAAGACAACAAGAUCAGCUUCGAUGAGUUUGUCUCUAUCUUUCAGGAGUUGAAGAGCAGUGACAUCGCCAAAAGCUUCAGGAAAGCCAUCAACAGAAAAGAAGGCAUCUUGGCUAUCGGAGGAACAUCUGAGCAGUCCAGCGCCGGCACACAACACUCCUUCUCAGAGGAGGAACGCUUUGCUUUCAUGAACUGGAUCAACACGGCGCUGGAAAGUGACCCGGACUGUAAACAUGUGCUGCCCAUGGACCCAAACACCAACUCUCUCUUCAAAGCUGUGGGCGACGGCAUUGUGCUGUGUAAAAUGAUCAACCUGUCAGUGCCUGAUACUAUAGACGAGAGGACCAUCAACAAGAAGAAACUCACACCCUUCACCAUACAGGAGAAUCUGAAUCUGGCUCUUAACUCUGCGUCAGCCAUCGGGUGUCACGUGGUGAAUAUCGGCGCUCUGGACCUGCGGGAGGGUAAACCUCAUCUGGUGCUCGGUCUCCUCUGGCAGAUCAUUAAGAUCGGUCUGUUUGCUGACAUUGAGCUGAGCAGGAAUGAGGCUCUGGCGGCUCUGUUGAGGGAUGGUGAGACUCUGGAGGAUCUGAUGAAACUCUCUCCAGAGGAACUGCUGCUCCGCUGGGCAAACUACCACCUGGACAACUCCGGCUGGAGUAAAAUCAACAACUUCAGCCAUGACAUCAAGGACUCGCGGGCAUAUUUCCAUCUGCUCGAUCAGAUCUCACCUAAAGGACAGAAGGAAGGUGAAGCUCAUAUUGACAUCGACAUGUCAGGAUUCAAUGAGAAAGAUGACCUGAAGAGAGCCGAGUGUAUGCUUCUGCAGGCAGACAGACUGGGCUGUAGACAGUUUGUCACAUCCACUGACGUCGUGUCUGGAAACCCCAAACUCAACUUGGCUUUUGUGGCUAAUCUCUUCAACAAGUACCCAGCUCUGACCAAACCUGUCAAUCAGGACAUUAACUGGGGUCUUCUGGAGGGAGAGACAAGAGAGGAGAGAACCUUCAGAAACUGGAUGAAUUCUCUGGGUGUCAAUCCUCAUGUCAAUCACUUAUACGGAGAUCUUCAGGACGCUCUGGUCAUCCUGCAGCUUUAUGAGAAGAUCAAAGUCCCAGUCGACUGGAACAACAAAGUUAACAGACCUCCGUAUCCAAAACUAGGAGCCAACAUGAAGAAGCUGGAGAACUGUAACUACGCUGUUGAACUGGGAAAGACCAAAGCAAAUUUCUCUCUGGUGGGCAUCGGUGGACAAGACUUGAAUGAUGGAAACCCAACUCUUACUCUCGCUCUGGUCUGGCAGCUCAUGAGAAGAUACACUCUGAAUGUGCUGGAAGAUCUUGGAGACGGACAGAAAGCCAACGAUGACAUCAUCGUCAAAUGGGUUAACAAUACUUUGUCACAGGCUGGAAAAUCCAGCAAAAUAUCCAGUUUCAAGGAUAAAGAGAUCAGCUCCAGUCUGCCUGUGGUGGAUCUCAUUGAUGCCAUUCAGCCCGGCUCUAUUCACUACGAUCUGGUGAAGACCGGAGCUCUUUCUGAUGCUGACAAACUGGACAACGCAAAGUAUGCCGUGUCCAUGGCCAGGAAGAUCGGUGCCCGCGUCUACGCCCUGCCCGAUGAUCUCGUGGAGGUGAAACCCAAGAUGGUGAUGACCGUGUUCGCGUGUCUGAUGGGCAGAGGGAUGAAGAGGGCAUAGAACGUCACCCCGCGCGGACAAUCCAACGCCCACAUCCUACCCACAAGCCAUUUGCUGGUUGAAAGGCUUUUGGUUCAGUAAAUCCAUGACAACCACAAUAAAACGAAAUCCAUUGCCAGCAGAUGUUAAAGAAUCUGGUUUGGCGGGACUACAGGGUUGAGGGAAUGGGCUUCAAGAUUUGGGAAUGGGGAGGGAUGGAUCUUUUAGAGCAAACAUUACGAUUCCCACAGACAGCAGCUGUGAAGGAACACGCCUUAUGUCAAAUUCUGAGUUGCGAGACGUUUUGAUCCGAUCCUCACUCUGCUUUGUGUACUUUAUUUACCUAACUGACAUGUCCAAUCUGAAAGCUUUCUAACGUUUAGCGUGACCAUCAUCACAUCUGGCCUUACUAGAUGCAGUAUUGCCUCUAUGCAGCACAUGAUUGUUGUUGUUUUCCAGUCGCUUCCCUUUGUGUUUUAUACAUGUUAUAAACAUGUGCUGUGUAAACAUCGCCGUUUUCAACACAUUCCACACUUAAAAUGUCAUUGUGCUAUCUGUCUCAUGUAUAUGUAUAAUUGAAAAGGCUUUUUACGCACGAGACGGAUGGAACUAUGCAUGAUAUCUCUAUAUUUUGUUAUUUAAAACAGCACAUUUAUCAGAAGAUGAUGCUCAGCGUUUGGGCUCGGGAUGUAACUGGAAGCGGCUGCGGCGUGAUGUUGAGUAUAGACAGACACAGCUUGCACCAAAUGUCUGCAUGUAACCAAAAACAUCUUACCAAAUAAAUCAAAAGAAUAAAGCCCUUCAUAUUUCA